AUGGAGGCGUUCUUACUGCGGAUCAAACACCAUGCUGCACAUGACUCCAUCACGGAUUACUUGAGGAAGGUGGGAGACAUUGCCAAUAAGCAGGUAUUCACGUACAUGGGCGGUGAUGCCUACAACAGCUGCUAUUGGGAGGAGAACCCUGACAAGGUGUGUGUUCCAGCGGAUAGUAAGACACUCUUGAACUGCAUUUUUGAGUGGACUCGGGGUGCGUUUGCAGACACGAAGAGGAAAUAUCAUGGUGUUCCGUUUUUCAGAGGUGCACUGCACUCCAUCCCUGGCACAGGCCGACUGAACGGGUACACCGAUUACUGGCGCGAAGGUUACCCUGCACACGGUCGAAUUUACUUAAUAUCUCGCCUGGAUCUGACGGAGGAAGGGGCGACGGCAACGUGGUACGAUGGGACAGAGAAUGCAAAGGAUAACCAUGAUACGCCUCGUGAGGCAUUCGGCAUUGUAUGUGAGGUGCAAGACGGAAUCAUUGAGGUGACGACGUUGCCGGAGGUGGUGCCGUGGGUGCAGGAUAACUGGUACGUCAUUCUUAUUGCCGGAUUGGCGCUUCUCGCUCUGAUUGCACUAAUUGUCAUCGUAUGCUGUUGCUGUCGUCGUACCAGUGAUGAAUCCACGGGGACGGCGUCCAUGGAAUUGCAGGAGGUGAGCCGCAAUGCGGUGUAUGGGAUCCCACAGAGGCGGCGAGGAGGCUCGGGUUUCUCUGAGAACCCCGAUGUUUUCAUGCGUCCUCCCCAUGCGCAGCCGUAUGUGGUGCAGCGGAAUUGCUGGAUGUCACCUUCACAACGUGCAGCACCUUUUGAAGUUUCCGCCGCGCCUACUACCCGCAGCAGACGCUUCCCAGUCGCUGAGGCUGUCAGGAAGCCAUAG